UUGUAGUCCAUACCCUCUUUUUCCUCCCAUUAUGCUAGCAAAUGUGCAAAAUUUGCAUCCAAAUUUCGGAAUAUAAGAAAACAAACGCUGCCUUGAACUUUAUUGUGAUUGAUCAUCUCAAGAUGCAGGCAUUUUUGAAGACUGGAAAAUCUGGCGCAAGCAGCGGGUCGGACAAACCUCAAGGCGGUACCGUAGAACGUCGCAAGCCACCGGCUCCAUGGGUGGAGAAAUACCGCCCCAGAAGCGUUGAUGAUGUGGUGGAGCAAUCGGAGGUGGUGGCCGUGCUCCGGAAGUGUGUGGAGGGUGCCGAUCUGCCCAAUAUGCUGCUCUACGGUCCACCCGGCACGGGAAAAACGAGCACCAUCCUGGCAGCAGCACGCCAGAUCUUUGGCGACAUGUAUAAGGAUCGCAUACUCGAGCUGAAUGCCUCCGAUGAGCGUGGCAUCAAUGUGGUGCGCACCAAAAUCAAGAACUUCUCCCAACUGUCGGCCAGCCAUGUACGUCCCGAUGGCCGCCCAGUGCCACCAUUCAAGAUCAUCAUCCUGGACGAGGCAGACUCGAUGACGCAUGCCGCUCAGUCGGCGCUGCGUCGGACCAUGGAGAAGGAGAGCAGCAGCACACGCUUCUGCCUCAUUUGCAACUAUGUGUCGCGCAUCAUUGUGCCCAUCACGUCGCGCUGCUCCAAGUUUCGCUUUAAGCCGCUCGGCGAGGAAAAGAUCAUUGCCCGGCUGCAGCACAUUUGCGAGCUGGAGAGCGUCAAAAUCGAUCCGGAUGCGUACAAGACAAUUGUCAAGAUAUCCGGCGGCGAUCUGCGUCGCGCUAUAACCACUCUUCAGUCAUGCUUCCGUCUCCAAGGUUCAGAGCACACCAUAAACACCGCCGAUCUGUUCGAAAUGUCCGGCGUCAUACCGGACUACUUGCUGGAUGAUUUUAUGGACGUCUGCCGCUCGGGGAAUUAUGAGCGUCUCGAGCAGUUUGUACGCGACAUUGGCUAUUCGGCGUACAGUGUAGGCCAGAUGAUGGAACAAUUGGUGGAGUUUAUAGUGCAUCAUCCGAACCUCACCGAUCCGCAGAAGGCAAAGAUCUGCGAGAAGCUGGGCGAAUGCUGCUAUCGUCUGCAAGAUGGCGGCUCCGAGUACUUGCAGAUUAUGGAUCUUGGCUGCUGCAUCAUUCUAGCCCUGAAAUGAACAU